CCGGUUUACCUGUGACAGACCAUAAAGUGUUAAACCACAAUGGGGAUCUUCAUCGGCGGUCUCGUGGCCGUGAUCGUCUUCUACAUCCUCAUCCUGGUCAUAGGAAUCGUGGCGGCGCGCAGGUCCGGACACUUCUUCACAAACAUCGACUCAAAAGAGGUGAUGCUAGCUGGACGCAAGAUAGGACUGUUUGUUGGCUGUUUCACAAUGACAGCGACAUGGGUCGGUGGCGGCUUCAUCAACGGGUCAGCGGAGGCUGUGGUCAAAGAUGGGUUGGUGUGGUGCCAGGCGCCACUCGGAUAUGGCAUCGCCCUCAUGUUCGGUAAGUUUCUUACUAAUUAA